AUGUCCCCAACGUCCGAACAGCACGAUGGGCUGCCGCAAUACCCCCCAUGCGAUGACCGGAGCACCCGUCUCGCAGAAACGACGGAGACGUUCGACCGGCGCUCGCUUGUCAGGACGCCCAGCCCGACCCCGAGCGAGCAAGUAUACCUGAGCCGCGACACCAUGGUCAACCGCAGAGCGAUCCUUACUCGACAAUUCUGGCGAAAGCCGAAGAACAUCGUGAAAGUCGCACUCGUCGUCCUCGCCAUCGCCGCGGCCAUCCUGAUAUCCGUAUUUCAAACGAAGAUCAUCGAAGCUCUGGCUCCGUUCGCGGUUUGGAUGCACGAGACCAAAGGAGGUUGGUUAAUCCCCAUCGCGAUCCUAUUCGUCCUCUCGUUCCCACCGCUAUUCGGGCACGAGAUCAUCGCCAUCCUCUGCGGCGUCGUGUACGGCCUGGGAGUCGGCUUCGCCGUAGUGGCCGCCGGAACACUCCUGGGCGAAACCGCCAACUAUGCCGUGUUCCGUUUCUUCUGCAGAGAACGCGCGGGAAAGAUGGAGAGUAAGAAGAUCUUCUACGCGUGUCUCGCUCGGAUCGUCCGCGAGGGUGGGUUUAAAAUCGCCAUCGUCUCCAGAUACAGCGCCAUACCGGGCCAUAUGACCACCGCGCUCUACGCGACGUGCGGCCUCGGGUUCUGGGUCUUCUUGGCGGCUGCGGUGCUUUCGCUCCCGAAGCAAUUCGUGCUGAUCGCGGUCGGCAGGCUCUCCGCGGAUGCCGGCGAAGGCAAGGGCCCGAAGGGCGCGAACGCGAUCAGCAUAGUCGUCAGCGUCGUCCUGGGGGUCGCCACCUCGGCAGCGUACCGUUACAUCCUGUGGAAGAUGGCCUUCGUUAAGAACGACGUCAUCCACCAGAGGCGGAAAGAACGGCAAGGGAAAGUGGCGUUCUCCGCGAGCUCGGACGAAGUUCUCGUCCCGUGUUACAAGCCGGACGCAUGGCAGCCCAGUCAUCAGGCAGGUGCCAGCAACAGUUCCUCCACCAUCGUCAGUGGAGACGCAGCCGGCGGGCUCAAAGGCGUUCGCGCCCC